AUGCGGAUCGCGUGCCUUCAGUUUGCGCCGCAGGUUGCAGAUGUGGAAAACAACCUCAACAAGGCGGACGAAGUCCUCAACCAGGCGGAUUCCGACGACCUGGACCUGGAUCUCUUGGUGCUUCCUGAACUGGCCUUCACCGGCUACAACUUCAAGUCAUUAACCCACAUAUCUCCCCAUCUUGAGGAAUCCAGCACGGGCAUCAGCUCGCUCUGGGCUCGGAAUACAGCCCUCAAGCAUGACUGCACCGUCGUCGUGGGAUACCCCGAAAAGGUAGAUCCGACGCUCAACUGGCCUACGGACCCCCAGUAUUACAACUCGGCAAUCGCUGUCAACGGCGAUGGCGAAACAGUGGCCAACUACCGCAAAUCCCAUCUGUAUUACACCGACGAGACUUGGGCUUUGGAGGGCUCCCACGGCUUCUUUGGAGGACGGCUUCCCGGCUUAGGUCAAGCCGCCAUGGGGAUAUGCAUGGACCUGAACGGUGCUCGACUUGUCAUUGUUUCUAUGGCUUGGCUUACCAAUGAAAAUCCUCACGACUUUACCAGCACUCCGUUAGAGCCCGAUAGCAUGACUUUAUUAUACUGGGUGUCUCGUCUUGAGCCGCUGAUUCGAGCAGAAUCGAACCAAGAAGUCAUUGUCGUCUUUGCGAACCGCUGUGGCACCGAGGGUGAAGCAACUUAUGCCGGCACCAGCGCCGUUGUUGGCAUACAGUCUGGCGAAAUUUGGGUUUACGGUAUAAUGGGUCGCGGUGAAACGGGCCUGCUUGUCGUUGAUACCGAGUCUGAGCCUUAUGCUAGAUUGUCUUACCAGCCGCUUCAGCCCAAUAUUCGAUCGGAAGACGAUGCCUCACCAGACCUGAAAAAAAACUCUGGCAAUAGCCCGUAUCCACACAAUGAGUCUCAGGAUCAGUCUCGCGAAGACUUUGAGAAAUCAUCCAAGGCACCCAUUGACUCGUCAACCGACCAACAAGAAGAUGAUUUGCAUAUGUGGCUUAUGGAAAACUCGAUAAAUCCGGAUGUGCGACAUAACCACCAAUCUUCGGAGUACAACAAGGGAUAUGCCAACCGCACACCAAACAAGCCCCAGGUUGAGAAUACGCAGAGAUCGUCGAGCCCAAAAUUAAAUAUCAAGUCUUUACAACUUGAUAUUCCACCCGAUCAAUACAUGCUCAGACGAUACCUCGAGGCUGAGUCUCCGAUAUCUCAUCUGGACACGAUCAAAUCCCCGAUUCAGUCCACAACAGCACCUCCAGAGCAACUCAGGGGCUCACGAAAAGAUCGAGUUGACUACGUAGCUUUCUACCCCGACAUGAUGGAAGAGGAGAAGCGGUUUAGUCUACGAUCUGACGUGUCUGUCUGGAACAACGAACCUGGUCGAGUUCGCCAAAUAUCCGUCUCAAUGAUUGAUGACCCCGAAUUAUCGCAUCUAUCAUUUCAAGACCGGCCCAGGACUGUUGAAGCGGGAAACAGCGCCAGGUUUCAAGAGAGAAACAGAUACAGACAUAGGGCACAUAGCCAGCGGCAAUCCUCCGAUUGGAACAGUCGACGUGGUAGUGACUAUGGCAUGCCGUUAUCGCGACAGUCGUCUCAAAACCAACUUCGAAGCAAGUACAGCUACAGUCAAAUCGAUGAAAUGGCGAGGAGUUAUUCCAGCAGUGCUGUUCUACCAGUUCACCUUAUGCACUCUCACACAACUUCGCAAGUAGCUACGGAGGAGACUGGGAGGGGCAGGCGGCGUUCUUCGCACAAACAACUGAAAGAGGGACGGCGCGAGUCUCGUGGCACGCAAAUGUCCCAGAGAGAACCAAUCGAUCUUUCACAGUUUGCCCUCAUCGAAGAGUAUCCUUCUGCUGAUUGUCCUGUGCACGGAAGUCGCCCUCCGUCUGGGACCAGGCGUCAGGGCAAUUCGAGGGCCAGAGGUCGAUCAGGGAAUCGUUCGCAACCUUUGCUGGAGGCGGAAACAGCUAGGAGACAAUCUACCAGGCGCGGUACGUCGCGGAAUGAAAGCCAGAGGGACGGCCACAGUCUAUCACAUCGACGUACGCACUCGUCACAACCCGAACAAGUCCGGUCCAGCAAUGAGACGAGACGGGCCGAGAAGGACAGGUCCAAGGAAUCUACUGCAAAGACGAGUUCCGGCCCCAAGACACCGACUGCCAUGCAAUUGAUUCCGGAUCUGGAGUUGAUUGAUGGCCUUGAGAAAACAUUUUCUUUGCUUAAGUGCGUGGAAAAGGCUCCGGCACAUAUUGUGAGGCGACGCGUGAGCUCAGUUUGGUAG